AUGCCUGGCAACAGCAACUUCUUUUUACCGCCAACUGCCCCUCCCUCCAGGACCUUUGACACAAGAGAGCUCCAAACUGUUCUUCAAGAUUAUGAGACGUCAAUACGUGAACAACAACUCCACAACCAUCAAUCCACACAACUACAAACUCUCACUGAAGUGGCAGAGUCACCAUCGUCACCAUCAAUAGUUCCAGGCGCUAUCCCCAAGAAGCGUAGCUCACACAGGGAUACAAGGGUAUCGUCGCAAUCUCAUACGCCAUCACGCUCCCAACGUCGAAGUAAAAAUGUGCUGCAAUCCGUCCAUGACCAUGCUACAACAGCAGUAAAGCGCUGCGAUACAUGUGGAGUAACGGAAACCCCUCGCUGGCGAGGGCUUCUAUGCAACGUGUGCGGUCUUGUACAGACAAAGAGAAUCGCACGCAAGAAUCUCACAGUCAGUCGAGAUUCCACUUCCACCAUGGGUAGCAGCCAUCGAUAA